AUGGAAGAAAAUAAACAGAACCAAACUUUGUCACCCUCAAAGAAGCCGAAUCGUCAAAAACUUAGAAAGGAGCGUAAGGCAGCAAAACUGAAAGAAUUAGAACAAGAGGCAGAUGAAGAAAUAAAGAACCAAGUCAAUAUGAAAGAAGUUGAGUCGAAUUCUAUUAAUCAAAUUAUAUCUAAGUUAGGGUUUACUAUUAAAGAGAUUAAUUACAAAGACUUAAGGGAAAAAGCAGCAGAUUAUAUGAAAGAACAUGUUGAUGAUUUUUUACCUUUUGUUCCAGCUUCACAAGAUGGUGAAAUGUGUAGUUUAGAACAAUAUCAAAAAUAUUGUAAUGAUUUAAAAAAUACUGCAAUAUGGGGUGGACAGUUAGAAAUUUUGGCAUUAUCAAGAUAUUUUCAAAUUCCAGUUCAUAUUGUACAAAUGAAUUCUCCAAUUUUAAAAGUUCUUGAUGAAGAGUUUCCAAACAAAGAUCCAAUAACUUUAUCAUUUCAUCGUCAUAUGUAUGGGUUAGGUUCUCAUUACAAUUCACUUCGAACUGUAUCAUCUUCUCUUUCCUCAUCAAUAUCAUAA